AUGCGACAACCCAAAGGAUUUGAAGAUUCGUCAAAUCCAAACCACGUUUGCUGUCUUAAGAAGGCAAUCUACGGAUUGCGUCAAGCACCACGCCAAUGGUACACUACUUUUACUAAUUAUCUCAUUCAAAUUGGUUUCUCUCAUAGUCAAGCAGAUCCCUCUCUAUUGAUCCUUCAUCGGCAUCAUGUUCAAAUCUACUUACUCGUCUACGUGGAUGAUAUCCUUCUAACCGGGAAUGACACCAACGCAAUGAACGAGUUAGUGGCACAAAUGAAAUCAAGAUUUACGAUGAACGAUCUUGGUUCGGCCAACCAUUUUUUAGGAAUCAAGAUUGAAUCAACUCCUGAUAAGUAUUUUCUGUCUCAAAAUUUAUACGCCAACUCUAUCAUACAGUUAGCCGAGUUACAAAACUGUAACUCGAUCGCUAAUCCAUCUUUUACAAAAAUACCUGUAUCAGGCUCCGACGAUCCUCCGGUCUUUGAUGCUCUAACAUACCGGAAAAUAAUUGGAUCACUUCAAUAUCUGACAUUAACGCGUCCAGAUAUAUCUUAUGCCAUGAACACACUUUCCCAACAUAUGCAUAAUCCAGCUACAAUUCACACUGUCAUGUUAAAGAAGCUCAUUCGGUAUAUCAAAGGAUUUGCUAACUACGGUCUCCCUAUCUACAGAAGCAAUCUUCUGCUUCGAACAUUUUCGGACGCUGAUUGGGCUUCGGAUCCGAUUACCCGCAAAUCUACAUCAGGUUUCUGCACUUAUCUGGGAGAUACAUUAGUCUCCUGGACGGUAAAGAAACAAACUACAGUUUCCCGAUCUUCUACCGAGUCGGAAUAUAGAGCUUUAGCAUCAGCUACUGUGGAUACAAUUUGGAUCAAGCGUCUUCUUGCUGACUUCCGCAUCCGGCAUAACCAACCCAUAGAUAUCUUUUGUGAUAAUAUGUCUACUAUAGCCUUGGCGAAUAAUCCCGUUUUUCACGCACGAACAAAACACAUCGAAAUUGAUCAGCGUUUUGUUCGUGAUCACAUUCAAAAUGGGAGCAUUCGGCUAUUACCUAUCAGCACCAUUGAUCAGAUUGCUGAUAUUCUCACCAAACCUCUAGCUACGUCUCG